GUAAUUUGUAAGUGACAGCAGGAUUUACCGCGUAAAAAUAUAAAGAAAAUUUCCGUUAGGCCGAAAAGGAAGCGAAGAAAAAGUCUACAACAAUCAAGUCUAAUUGCUUUUAAUUUGUGUUUGUUGUUGCUCGUAGCCGUCUUCUGUCUCGUAAACAAUUCCGAGUUUAUCGGCAAUCGCAGCAAUUCCUGUUAUUUUCCUAGAAUUGUUACUUUAUCGUCAAACGAAAGUGUGAGUGUUUGUAGUUUCGGUUUUUGGUUGAAGCACAACAAUGGCCAAAGUGCAGCUAUGUAACAUUACUGUGAUGGACAAUCCAAGUCCCUUCUCAAAUCCCUUCCAAUUCGAGAUCACUUUCGAAUGCAUCGAAGAGCUGAAAGAAGAUUUGGAGUGGAAAAUGAUUUACGUUGGAUCAGCGGAGAGUGAGGAAUAUGAUCAGGUGCUGGACUCUGUGUUCGUUGGACCAAUCCCAGAAGGCAAACACAUGUUCAUGUUUCAAGCAGAUCCACCAAAUGUAAGCAGAAUACCAGAGAAUGAUGCUAUUGGUGUUACUGUAGUGCUCCUCACCUGUCUGUACAAAGGGCAGGAGUUCAUCCGAGUGGGCUAUUUUAUUAACAAUGAAUAUAGUGACCCAGAAAUGAGAGAGAACCCACCAAGCCCCCCACAAUUCGAUAAGGUUAUUCGCAAUAUCCUGGCCUCAGAACCUAGGGUAACGCGAUUCAAAAUCAACUGGGAGGAUCCGACGCCUGCAGCUGAGCAGCCCAUUACAAACCUAAAUGAAAACUCAAACUCCAUUUCUACCAUGGAAUGUGUAUAAAAAAACGAAAAACAAAGAGACUUUACCUAUUUACAAAUUAGAUUAGUUAUACUUAUGUUUCUUAUUAUUAUUUUUUUUAUAUAUAUAUAUAUAUAUGAAGUUUGCCAACGCUUUAUGUUUACAUUAUUCAAACACCUUCUCACUGGUGUCUUCUAUUUUUCGAUGGUUAUAUAAUUCAUGAAUGAACUUGAUUGUUUUCGUGAUAGAAUUUGUUCAUGUUAUUUACACAAUUACCAUAAGAAAACAAAAAAUAAAUAAUAAUAAUAAUAACAUGGAGGAAUUCACGUGAAGAUGAUCUAUUUUUGGCAACGGUCAAUCUUAGCAAAGUAAGAACUAUAUACAAAAAAAAAAAUGUUAAACAUAUUAAAUUUCUAA